UCAGGCUUCCUCUUCUGGCCUUAGGUUUGGUCAUCCUCCAGGCACUGUGCCUAGAUCUGAAGGCUCAGCUUGCCGUCCAGCAUAACCGCAUUCAUCUCAUGCGAUUGCACAGCAAAGGCCUUCCACAGUUCGUUCCCAACGUCCCAAACAGUCCCGACAUCGUAGUCACGUCGUUAUAGAAAUAGCCAUCUAUCAUCAUGGAUAUCAUCGAGAAUUGGACCAAAGUCGCCAUUUCAGAACAUUUGAUCUCCCUAACGGGCACACUUGUUAUCUCCACAAUACUGACCUUUGCCAUCUUCAGUGCGAGAAAUCCACCGGGAAUAUAUAGCGUCAAAGAGGGAGGAAAGAAAGCGCAGUAUGACGCAGUGCUCGUUGGCGCCCCAGAGGAGAAAUCCUCGUGGCCAUGGCUUGCGGAAAUGCGCGCGAAGUUGCGAUACAUGGUCGAAGGGCAUUAUUUGAUGUUUGCAGCAUUCAAGAAGAAUACCGGUCGGAUCUUGAGGGCGCCGCUGGCGGACUACAGGUUCUAUAUUCUACCACCGCACUACAUGGAGGAACUGAAGAGCUUGCCGACUUCGGUAAUGAGUUCGUCAGUUUCUGUAGAGGAGUAUCUGCUGGGCAAGUACACAACCAUGCAGGCGCACAAGAUAAUGGGCGACAUUACUUGGAAUGUGAUUCGCAACCAUUUGACGCAAAAGCUGGGGACGCUAGUCCAACCGCUCGACGAAACGUGCAAAAUGGCGUAUGAGGUCGAACUCCCGGACUGCGAAGAUUGGACUCCAGUUCUUGUCCACGACGUCUUCCUCGAAAUCGUUGGCCACAUGACCAGCCGCAUCCUUGUUGGCAAAGAACUCGCCAAAAGCUCCCUUCUGCGCCAUACAUACAGCGACUUUGCGACCUGUGUAUUCGUCGCAUCCAGUCUCCUGAAAAUCCUCCCGUCCAUAGUCCGCCCCCUCGUCGCACCCUUCCUCCCCCAACUAUGGCGCAUCAAACUCCACCACCGCAACCUGCGCAAAAUUCUACUCCCCGGGAUCCGCAAACGCCUCCAGGAGCCCACCAGUGAUCCAGGGGAGAGGAACAUGCUUGAUUGGCUCAUCGAAGCAUCCGGUCCCAACCCGGAUGAGCUGAGUAUCGUGGAGCGGCAGAUGGGGAUUAGUUUUGCCGCCGUACAUACCACCACCAACCACAUGUCGAAUGUCCUAUUCGAUCUUGCGGCGCGCUGGGACGAAUAUGCGCCAGAGUUGAUAGCGGAAUAUCGCGAGGCGUUAGUAGAGGACGGGGGCGUGUUGUCUAAGACGACGAUUGCGAAACUGUCCAAGCUGGACAGCUUCAUGAAGGAGUCGAUGCGUUUGAAUCCCCCAUCUUCCUUGGCAUUCAAUCGCAAAGUCCUCUGCAAUCACACUCUCAACGACGGCAAGGUCUUGCCCGCCUCAUGCUGGAUCGCGGUGGCAGCAGGCCCGCUCAUGCUCAGCGACUCACAAUUCCCCAAUCCUCUUGUGUUCGACGGAUUCCGGUACCACCGCAUGCGCCAGCAAGAGCUGCCUGAUUCACAACUGGCCGUAGCGAAGACGAGCCACUUUACGUCGACUGGGGUGUACAGUCUCGUGUUCGGGCAUGGGAGGUAUUCAUGUCCUGGGCGCUUUUUCGCGGGGCUCGAGAGCAAAAUCAUGUUGGUGAACAUUCUGGAGAAGUAUGAGUUGAGGCUGCCAGAGGGAACGGAGCGGCCGAAGAACUUGGUGUACGCGGAUGCCUUGGUUCCAGAUCCGACCAAGGCUGUGGAGUUCAGAAAAUUGACCAAGUAGAAUACGUAGUGUUGAAAAUACACACGACAUGAACUCGACUCGAGCUAUUGCAUACCCUUCUGGCCCUGGCAUUUUGUUUGUGAUAUCAUCUUUUAGCU